AUGUUCAUCCCACACACCCUUCUCACCGCCUUUGCUUCCCUCCUCGCCCUCGGCGUGUCUGCCAAGAACCUCGUACACGUCAAUGUCCAGACUGCCGAGGGCUUCUCCUCCUACGUCAAGCUCCCGGGGACGACAGGUCAGCCGACUUCCCUGACGUUCAGCAACCCGAAAGACAACGUGUUUGCCCUAGUGAGCACCAACAAUGAUCGUGCUGCGCCGGCGAGCGGCUGGGCCGAUGGGAAAGGCGAGUUUGCGUGGGUGGCGAACAAGGACUCCGCGAAGGUUGAUUCAGUGAGAUGCAAUCUCGAGGGCCGGAUCGAUGAGGCUGUUGCCAAAGAUCCGAAGAAUGAGGGUUUCGUCUUCACCUUUGCGGCCUUUAUCACAAGCAGUGACACCAGAGAGAACUGCACGGCGCAGUACGGCGUUGCGACGAGACCUCGAAUUGAUACCGAAGUAGCCGGAGGCGGACAUGCAGGUUGCGAGACAAGUCUGACUCAUGUACCCGUGCUCGUAACUGCCGUAGUCCUUGCCAUUCCGUUCUCAGUUCAUGUUUCCAUCAAUUCCACGCUACGCGCCCAGCGCGGUCACCAGCAAUCAGCACUUGCAGAGCCCUCUUUCUUUGGGGGAAACCGCUCUGAGCACAUCAUGUACACCCUGCAGAGCUCGGACAAUGAUUUCGAGUGA